UUGGAGGCGGCGGCGGGAACUGCCCACGAGGAACCAGCGGGGAUCACGACACAACCGGCGGACUCAGGACCGGGAGACGGCAGGGACGACAAUGAUGCAGCGCUUCCGGAAGCUGGCACCUGGAGCCGCCAAGGAGCCCGAGCAGGUGCCCGAAUGGUUGUGGAACCUUGGGAUGUAGAGGCGUUUAGGGCCAUCCAAGCCUCCAUAGCGCCCAGGACACGGGUUGCCUACGACAAAAGGGUCAGGGCCUUUCUGCAGUUUAGAGCUCAGGUAGGAUUGGUCCAUGUGUGGCCUGUGCCGCCGGAACAGCUGAUGCAGUACCUGGUGCACCUCCGUGCCCAGGGGCUGGCGGUGAGCACCAUGGCCGGCCAUUUGGCUGCGCUGGCUUUCUUUGGGAAAGCAAGGGGCCUCCCCGACCAUUCUGGGGACUUCAGGGUCCGGCACAUGCUGGAGGGCUGGGCGAGGGAGACGCCCGUGCAACCUGACCGACGUAGGCCGGUCACCCCAGAGGCGCUGCAGCUGGCACUGCAGCAACUUGCCGGGGCUUGUGCGUCUCCUUAUGAGGAGGUCCUGUUCAGGGCGGCAGCCUUGGUUGCUUUCUUCGGGGCCUUUAGGGUUGGAGAGAUGUUCCCCAGGAGCAGGCGCGGCCCCACGAGUAGGGUACUUCAAUUCAGUGACCUCACCGUGGGUGCUUCCCGGGUGGUACUGCACCUUAGGUUUUCAAAAACAGAUCAGAGAGGCAAGGGGCAGAGUGUCGCGCUGCAUGCCACUGGCGACCCGGGCUUGUGCCCAGUCCGUGCACUGAAGGACUACACGGAGGCCAGGGGUUCAGCUAUGGGGUGCCUCUUUAUCCACACUAAUGGGCGCCACGUGACCCAAUUCCAGUUUUGGGCGGUGAUGAGGAGAGCCUUUGUGGCGGCGGGGGUGCCUACCCAGGAUCUGGCCCCCCACUCCUUUCGGAUUGGGGCGGCUUCCAUGGCUGCUCGGAUGGGUUAUUCGGGCCCGGAAAUCCAGCGGCUGGGCAGGUGGCGGUCAGCGGCUUACCGCCGAUACGUGCGGUAGAUGGGCGCAUAAGAUCUGCCCCACCCCACCCCCACCCACGAACCAUUUAUUUGUGCCACUCCUAACGCUUUCUCCUCUUGCGCAGGGCC